GCUACAACCAGGGGCAGACUGACCGGAAACUCGGGCACUGCCCGCGGGCCCGGGGUCAGUAGGGGGCCCCAUGAGAUGCCCCUGCUACCUUUUUCAUAGGUUUUUUUGAGUUUAGCCAAGGAAACAGGGGGCCCCAUGAUCCCCUAUUGCCCGGGGGCCCCAUGAGUUGUCAGUCCGCCCCUGGCUACAACGCUACUCCAGUGAUCUCUGCUAGCUUCUGUGUUCCCCAACUCUGCUGCAUUAGGAUUUCCCCCCAUUUUUUUGUGAUACAG